CUAGAAUGGUUUUGCGCGCGCACAUCUAUGACGUAGUAUAUGCUUACACGCGCAUACAUGUAAAACCAAAUUGACAUGUUAAUGAAAGUCAGAAAAUAAUACGAAAUGGCGACUUCAAAAACUUCAAAUACAUAUAAUCGACAAAAUUGGGAAGAUGCAGAGUUUCCAAUUUUAUGCCAAACAUGCCUUGGUGACAACCCAUACAUUCGAAUGAUGAAAGAAAAAUAUGGCAAGGAAUGUAAGAUUUGCAUGCGUCCUUUCACAGUAUUUCGUUGGUGUCCCGGUGCAAGAAUGCGUUUCAAAAAAACUGAAGUCUGUCAAACUUGCAGCCGUUUAAAGAAUGUUUGUCAAACAUGUUUACUUGAUUUAGAAUAUGGGCUACCAAUUCAAGUGCGUGACGCGGCCUUAAAAAUAAAAGAUGAUCUACCACGUUCGAAUGUUAAUAAAGAAUAUUACGUUCAAAAUAUUGACAAUGAAAUCAGUAAAAUGGAUCAUACAUCGCCAGCAGGUGCCGUUGGAAAAUCUGCUGCCGCCAGUGAUUUAUUAAUGAAACUCGCAAGAACAAGUCCAUAUUACAAAAGAAAUCGACCUCACAUUUGUUCUUUUUAUGUGAAAGGUGAAUGUAAAAGAGGCGAGGAAUGUCCAUAUCGUCAUGAGAAACCAACAGAUCCUGAUGAUCCGUUGGCUGAUCAAAAUAUUAAAGAUCGUUAUUAUGGUGUUAAUGAUCCAGUUGCUGAUAAAUUAAUGCGACGUGCCGCAGCAAUGCCAAAGUUAGAUGCACCAGAGGAUAAAUCAAUUACAACACUCUAUAUUGGUAAUUUGGGCGAAGCCUUAACUGAGAAACAAUUGCGUGAUCACUUUUAUCAAUAUGGAGAGAUUAGAUCGGUGACAAUGGUACCGCGACAACAGUGUGCCUUUAUUCAAUACACGCAAAGAAAUGCCGCUGAAGCUGCUGCCGAAAGAACAUUUAAUAAAUUAAUAUUGGGUGGUCGACGUCUGACAAUUAAAUGGGGACGUUCUCAAGGUCGUCAGGCAAUAUCAGUUGCUGAAGGUAGUCGAGAAAUGUUGGAACCCGUUCCUGGAUUACCAGGCGCUUUACCACCACCGCCACCACGUGCUAUUGGAAGUGAUUUCUUCAAUUUGCAACCAACUGCCAGUAUGUUGCCACCAAUGAUGAUUCCACCACCACCAGUAGCUCCACCAUUUAUGUUCCCACCGCAAAUAGCAGCUGCUGCCGCUGUUGCUGCAGCAGCCGCUCCAAUAUUCCCACCUGGAACAGCACCCAUUCAUUAUCCAAGUCAAGAUCCAUCAAGAAUGGGAGCUUCUCAAGGUAUCGGCAAACCUUGGCCUGAAGAAUAAUUUUUCUCAUCCUACAAGUAUAUGUAAAUAUAUGCAUUGCAUAUAAUAAACUAAAUUACUUUAGCGAUUGAAAUUUAAAAUAGGUUUAUUUUAAUUAUUAAUAAAUCAUUUUUAAUGGAA